GUGCGAUAAUAAAUACAAAGUCUACAUACUUGAAUACAUACAUAUCUAGUUGUGACGAACCAACCUCAAUUGAUUAUAUCAUUUUAUGCAUUACAAGCAUUACUGGAUUUUUAUUAGAUAACUAAUGAAGAUGUUUUUUAAUCACAGUUCGAUAAAAAAUAUACACAUUUAUACACUAGUCAUCUUAAUAUGUCAAGCACAUGGAAAUGGUAGCUAUUUAAAUGCUCGCAACCGAGAUUAUGGAGUUCAAAGAAACACGGAUAGCAGUAAAUUAGUGAAGAGUGAAGAUGGAGGAACCGUUAACGUUAAUAACGGUUUGGUUGAAGGCGGCGCCGUGAGAACCGUUGGAGAAGUGUUUGUACCGAAAACAUUUCCGCUGAGUUCGCAGGAACCAUCUUGUGAGGAACUUCGAGCCAUGUGGAUAUUUUCAAAGAGACAAUCUCGAGCAGCUGAAAUAACAAAUGAAAUACCAACAUAUCGUGAUCCCUUCACAUAUAAUAUUUGGGAGCCGCUUUAUCCCAACUCUAGAAUGCUCGGAUCAAUGCGAAUGGGCACAAGAGAACGAGCCCGCUCACCUGUAUUUGGUCGAGUCGUAAGCCGAGAGCCGAUAGUUCCUCAGCGUGUUGCAUUUGAACAACGUCAGCGUCAUUCCGAUGGUGGCCUGAUUAAUCCUGGCCAGACUCGAUUCUAUGGCUCUGAAACGCGGCCAACAAAUGCUGGCUCAUCCUUAUCCUUAUCCUCCUCCUCUCCUCCCUCCUCCUCCUCCUCCUUGUCGCCGUCGUCCUCGUCCUCGUCCUCGUCACCACGUCGAACCAGUAAAAAUAGAUAUAUGGGCGUGCCGAAUAGCUCAGGCGAUAAUUUAAGCGGAGUUGGAGGUCAAAAUUCGGUUGCCGUACAGGGUAGUUUUCAAAAACUUAAGGAACUCAUCUGGACGGAGCGAGCCAAGGAAUUAACCCAACAACGUCGAUCCGAGGAAUUGGCAGCACGAGCAGCUGUGCUCAAGGAAAUUGCAAAUGGUCAAAAUAUACAAGGAUCAUAUAAGACACCUUUCAGUAACCCAGCGGAUUCGUUUCUAAUGGACGAGAAUCGCAGUCCGGAUAGAAAUGAUAAUCAGUAUUUAAAUGUUGAUCGAUUGUCGAUUGCCAAUGGACAGACCUUCGAUAGCAAAAAUAAUAACAACAAAAAUAAUAAAAAUGCUGGACAGAGAAAUAACGGUGGUAGAGCAUCGACCCGUCGCAUUGGAAGCGCUUAUGGAGGAUCUCAUGCUCAUGCUCAUUCUACUGGAUCACGGCGAAAGGAGACCUUCUUUUCAAGAAAAUCAGCCCAAGGUCAAGGCAGUGCAGAAAGUGAAUCAAAUUUCGGUGGGGAUUUAUCCGAUAGGGAUCAGACCGUUGUGGGCAUACCCAGAACAUAUCCCGUUCGACAAUCUCAUUUCAGGGAAAGGAAUCGCUCACUUUUUAAACAGAAUUCUCCAAGUGACUAUUUUCAUCGGGACACUAGAAAAUUGAAUAGACUUCAGAUGGCCACGCAAUCGGAGCUGCCAAGCCUUAGAUCAUAUUUAAAUGUGAACUACUUAAGUCCAUCGACAUCAUUCGAAAAUGACAUGAAACCCGAUGUCUCUGGACUUAUAUAUUUAACUAAAGAGCUCGCAAAUGGAGGUGAAGAAUCAUCAUUAAUGCCUGAACAAUAUCUCCCGAUAAUUGAACAGGAUGAGUUAGACUUCUACGACUACAAAUAAACAAAUAUUGCUCACAACACUUAAAAAAAA